CGCGCGACGCCGGUCAGUCGUGUGAAGAGGAGCGACGCGCGUCGGUUUUUCACGCGAGUGCGACGCUCUCGGUCCAAGUCGUGUCGCUUAUCGUCGUCGAACAAAAAUUUGUUUCAUCAAAAAUGUGAUCGGACGAUACGUACGGCGGUUUCUCGCUCGUUUGGGACGCUCGUUCUUGUGAAAAAUCUACCCGUCACUCUCCCCCUUUCACCUUCUGUUUUUGUCCUUCUCUUCCGGAGGCGAAGGCAAGAAGUCAGCAGCAAAUUUCGCGCUUCACGGAGGAUUCGCAUCGACGGCGAACAUGAUAUUUUUGUGAGAAAUCCAAGUUUCAGAUGGAGAACCAAGGUUACGAGGAGGAGCAAUCGCGAGUGGAAAAAGAGCAGUCCACAUUCGAGUCUCGUUAUCGGCAGCCUCAUGACACGAUCGAGCUAAAUGAUCCUGUCGCUGCAAGGACGCAUCCCGAGAGUCACGUCUACGAGGACAUCUCCUCCGAUACAGUAGCUAAAUUUUCCGAGAGGAUAUCGUUUCCGGAUGAGACUCACGAGACCAAGGAUCAUCAAUCGACUGAUCUUGCUAGACAAGCCUGGAUCGAUGAACCAUCGUCAAUAACGACUACCGCGAUUCUCGACAAAUCCUUCCAACAGAACUUGACUUUAGACUUGGCUGAAAUCAGCGCCAACCACGAUAACGCGAUCUCCUCUUCGCGAGCAGUGUCCAGAACAAAGGAAGAUGUCCUCGAGGAAGCCUCCAAGAAUCCUCGCGAUCUUCCAAGACCCUUUGCUGAUGGCGACCUUUUCGGAAACGUGGUGUCCUUGUCACCACGAGAGAAGGAUUCGUCGCGAGAUUCGGUGCAGCCUGAUCGACGGACGAAUCGUAGACGCAAGAAGAAAGACUGCAAACAUUGCAGAAGCAAAUUGGCCGUUGCGAAUUCCUGCGAAAAGCUGGACAAGCUGGUCGGUAGCGAGGAUGCGAUCUUAAGAGAGAACGAGAUCAAUCAACGAAACAAGGAUUUUACGUCCAGCUUUUUGUUCCGGGAAUCGCUGCUGAGGCCACAGAACAUUAAGAUCUAUCCGAUCGUGAAAAGAACGAGCCUCGGAGAUAUCGGCGUCAAGAAUUCCUCGGCAUUUCUCGAGAAUGAAUUGCACUCGACCGCGGAGAACGCGGCCAGGUUCCUGGUGAACGAUAGAAUGUUGGACCAGGUGACGCAGAGCAACCAGAACAAGAUUCUAGGAGUAUCGAGGAAUGGAACGGAUAUGAGGAUUAAUUCCAUCUACUCGCAGGAUCGCUGGUACGGCAAGGAGCAACCGAUAUUCUACACCGACGUCAAGGAGCAGAAUCCUUUUCAGAGAGCCUAUUCGCUGCCAACGCGGACGCACACACCGACCUCGCAGAAUCGCGUUAAUCUGCGUCGAAGUGUCAGAAACGAUCCACCACCGCAUCCGGCGCGUCUUGACAAACAUCGUCGUGGCUGGACGCUUCAUCUGGCUCGUCCCCUGAAGACAUCCGGAUGUUCCAAUCCGCUUGUACCUCUACUGAUCGUCCUGCUGAUCCUACUGGGAGUCGCUGGGGUUGCGUUGUAUAUCGUCUUCGUCUCCUCUUUCGCAGAGCCAGAAAAACUCCAGAUCAUUCAGCAGUACCUGAAGUCGUCGACAAGCAAGUUGACGGAGCAGAACGUUACAUCCGGUGAACCGAUCACAUCCGUGAUUCCGAACGACGAGCCUGAUCUGAUCGUCACGAGCGGGAUGACGAUGAACGUCGACGCGUUUACCAUGGCCGCUUUUUUAAACGGCGAGGCGUCAUUUCCGGAGAGCGUUUCACCGACGACGGAAGUGGAAACGGAAGCCACGACUCGAAAUCCUAAUGCGACGAGAUAUUGCGACGAUUGCUUCGAAGGUGAGGUGUGCGUUGCUCUUGUUAACGAUGAGGUACCGAUAUGCAGAAGCCUCCUUGAUCGUGAGGAUCCCACCGGAUGUGGCGGUUUGUGCAUCAUCGACAAGCAAAAGUGCCAUCGCCUCGACGUAGACGCCUUCAGAUGUGUAGAAAUUGAGCAUUAUUGUCUGGACAAUGAAUGGACUUGUUCCAAUACUCUGUGCAUCCCCUUGUACAAGCGUUGUGACGGGCAUAUGAACUGUUACGAUCAUUCGGACGAGUUCGAUUGUACCUGCAAUCUGGAGACGCAUUUCCAGUGCGGUAACGAGACCUCCUGCCUUCCGUUGGAGAAGAGAUGCGACAGAAAGAUAGAUUGCUGGGACGCAGCCGACGAGAUUAAUUGCACGUUAGGUCGUAAUCUCAAUUGGUCUUGCCCCGUGGACAAGGAAUUUACGUGUAAUAAUGGGGAAUGCAUAUUAAAAGUUCGUUUUUGUGACGGACUAGCGGACUGUAGCGACGAAUCAGACGAGCCUCACGGGUGCAAAGGACGAUGUAAUAAACAGGAAUUUACAUGCCAAAACGGCAGAUGUAUUACGAAGGGAAUGAAAUGUAACGGGGUUGACGAUUGUGGAGAUGGUACGGAUGAGAGACACUGCAAGGAUCGGUUCACUUAGUAUUCGUAUGUGAAGAGACAAGAUAUUGCCAAUCGGAGAAAAUCAAAUGCAGUAUUUUAUACAAAGAUAAAUGUAUGUUACGUGUAUAUAGUGUGUUAUAUAA